GUUAUUAAGGACCACAUGACCCACACUUUGCUGUGUUUAUCCAGGACAUGAUGAUCGUUUGGUGCGCACACGCACGCUGCUUAUAUCUGUUGCUACAGCGGCCACCUUGCGUCUGCGUCAGGACGUGGUCUCCAUCUGUGUGCGGAUUAGACGCUUAUUAUCCUCUUAGCGCUAAAUGGCCCCUCGUUCCUCCGCUGCUUCUUCCAUCUCAGCUGCUGUCGACGAACGGAGCGUGACACGAUAAACAAGAUUCGUGCGUAAAAAUGAUCCCAGUUGUCUUUACGCACCGCGCGUGGAUUUAGGGCAAGCGCCUCUCCAUCGUCCGUGUGCGCGCUUGUUGCUCUGUGUCCAGCCCGCUGAUCUUUUCCUGACUGUAAUCUUAUCAGUGUCAGUCUGGAGUCGGGCUUUCCUCGGGAAAACUUUGAUCUGUCUGUGGAUGGCGUUUGCGCCAACCUAUAAAUCGAUUAUUUUUGAAAGCACAAACUUUCAUCGGUGAAGUGAUCAGGCACAUUUCGAGUUGCGUUUCAGUGUGUGAUUAACAUGAACCUUUGAACUUUUUAAAUUUUGGGGCAGAAAAAGAUGGCAUCUACAUGUAGAGAGAGGAUUCUUCUAUACCUGCUUCUCUUUGCGACGUGCACAGCCAGCGUUUGUUUUUGCGCAAGAUCAUCAAAUGUGCGGAGACCUGAGCGCCUAAGCCCUCCAUUGGACAUUCAGCUGGAGACAAUCAACUGCACUGCCUUUGGUGUACGAUGGAAGAUGCCCCGUCGUCAUGUCAGCACCAUCACAGGAUACAAGGUGUUCUACACAGAAAUGAGGAACAGCCGUUCAGUGGGUGCAACAUCAUUGCUGGAGGUGCCUCUCAGUUUGGACAUGCUGACCACUGGCCAGUUUGAUGGACAAGCAAGUUUUGAAGUGGCGAUUGGUAAGCUGAAGGUCAACACUAAGUACAGAGUCAGUGUUGGGGCGUAUGGUUGGGCAGGGGAGGGUCGACCCAGUAUGCCCAGAGAUGUCAGCACUGGUACACAUGACAUAUGCAUGCCCCCUUCACCCCCGACUCAGCCUGUUGUCAUGGCAGUAUCAGACACAGAGUUGGCAUUGUCAUGGCAAAAAGGAGAAAGUGAUGGAAGUGCACCUGUCCUUCACUUCCUGGUUGCCUAUAUCAGGCCAGAAAUGGACACUGAGUGGACGUAUAUCCGCGAGCCCAUUGAGACAAACUCCAUGGUGCUGAAGGGACUAAUACCUGACACUGAGUACCAAUUUAUUGUGAGAGCUGUCAACAAGCAUGGAGUUAGCCCACCAAGCCACAUCAACAACCCCGUGCGUACUCUUGGUGCAUCAGAUGAUGGCAGUGGUGAUUAUGGAAGUUACAUCACAGAUUCCAGAAUCAAAGAUGUUGAUGGCUUUGACAUUGACGACUCUGAUUAUGACAUAUUCAUUGAAGAGUUGAAACCAUUUCCAGGAAUCAAUCAAAACAACAGAAAGGCACAGCUCCGUUCACACUCUGGUCUCCCAUCUAGUUAUAAUGUCUUCCGCAUGAACACAAUGGUACCUCCUGAUGUUACUACCACCACCACAGAUUCCUCCAUCACCUCAUCUGUCUCCCCAGACUUCUCAAAUCGUGGUUUCUCAACCACUUCAGGUCAAAGUACCACCCAGGACACUACAACUACCACCAUACUUACCACUAACAGCACCACUUUGCUCACCACCACUCUCACACCAGCCAUGUCCCCCUGGAAGGGUGAGGUUGCUCGUGUUUACGACCUGACCUGUGAUGACACCGUGUGCCCUCCUGACAGUUUUUGUCUCACUGACUAUGACAGUGGAGGCUCGCGUUGCCACUGUAACCUGGGGCGAAGAGGGGACACUUGCUCUGAAGUGGUAUCAGUAAGCUUCCCCAGGUUCUAUGGCUACUCACACAUGACCUUUGAACCCUUGAAGAACUCUUAUCAGACCUUUCAAAUCACAUUGGAGUUCAAGGCUGAAGCUGAAGAUGGCCUGCUGCUGUACUGCGGAGAGAAUGAGCACGGACACGGAGACUUUACCUCUUUGGCCCUGGUGAGGGGAAAACUGCACUACAGAUUUAACUGUGGUACAGGACCAGCUCAGAUCAUUAGUGAGAGUCGUAUUGUCCUUAGUCAGUGGCACACAGUAACAGUCUUCAGAGACGGAAUGAGCGGCUGGCUCCGUAUGGACAAUGACACCCCUAUAUCUGGACGAUCACAGGGCCAGUACAGUAAGAUUACAUUCCGUUCUCCUCUGUACGUGGGUGGAUCACCCAGUGCCUAUUGGCUGGUCAGAGUGACAGGAACAAAUCGCGGCUUCAUCGGCUGUAUUCAGAGUCUGAGCAUCAACAACAAAGCCACAGACAUCAGAGCCUGGCCUCUGGGUAAAGCUCUGAGCGGGGCCGAUAUAGGGCAAUGCAGUGAUGAUGUGUGUGACCUGGCUAGCUGUGCCAAUGGAGGUGUCUGCUUCGCGAACCAUGCUGAUGGUUACAUCUGCUUGUGCCCACUCGGCUUCAGAGGAACACUCUGUGACGAGAAAUUCUUACUGUCCAUACCGCUCUUCAAUGAGACUGUGUUUUCAUACGCUACUGUCCCGUGGCCUCAGUCCUUUCAAAGUUAUCUGUCCUUCAUGGAGUUUGAACUCAGGUUCCGGCCUUCAAAGCCUGAGGGGACGCUGCUGUACAGUGACGACGCAGCCAGCACGGAUUUUAUUGCUAUCAACCUGGUAGACGGAUAUGUUGAGUUCAGAUUUGACUGUGGCUCUGGAGGAGCUGUAAUAAAGAGUGAUGAACAGAUCAGUCUAAACACAUGGCACGAGCUGAAAGUGUCCCGGACAGCUAAGAGCGGCCUCCUGCAAGUAGACAGCCAGAGGCCAGUGGAGGGAAUUGCUGAGGGAGCAUUCACUCAGAUUAAAUGCAGUUCACCUCUUUAUAUUGGUGGAGUUCCAGAAUAUGAUAAAACCAAGAGGACAGCUGCUGUAUUAAAACCCUUCACUGGAACUAUUCAAAAGCUUGUACUCAAUGACCGUCCAAUCUCAAUAACAAGUGACUCUGCUGGUGGUGUUAAUGUGGCAAAUGCAGCACACCCAUGUGUGAACAGCCCCUGUGCCAACGGAAGCACCUGUAGGCCAAAGUGGGAUGGAUAUGAGUGUGACUGCCCCCUAGGGUAUGAUGGAAAGCACUGCCAGAAAGAAUGUGGAAAUUAUUGUUUGAACACUGUGACAGAAGCAAUCGAGAUUCCACAGUUCAUUGGCCGAAGUUAUCUGAUCUAUGACAACAGAGAUAUUCUUAAAAGGAUGUCUGGCUCCAGGAACAAUCUUUUCAUUCGUUUUAAAAGCACAGCUAAAGAUGGUUUGUUGCUGUGGCGAGGAGACAGUCCAAUGAGACCCAACAGUGAUUUUCUCUCUAUGGGGCUUCAGGAUGGUGCGCUCAUUUUCAGUUACAAUCUGGGCAGCGGUGUGGCUAACAUUGUCAUCAAUGGCUCCUUUAGUGAUGGAAAAUGGCACAGAGUCAAAGCUGUCAGGGAUGGCCCGUCAGGAAAGCUGACUGUUGAUGACUACGGAGCAAAGACAGGCAGGUCAGCGGGGAAGAUGAGACAACUCAAUAUCAACGGGCCUUUAUAUGUUGGUGGCAUGAAGGAGAUUGCACUGCACACAAACAGACAGUACAUUGGAGGCCUGGUGGGCUGCGUGUCCCACUUCACACUGUCUACUGAUUAUCACUUAGCACUUGUGGAGGACGCUGCUGAUGGCAAGAACAUCAACACUUGCUCCAAUUAAAAACCUCAUCCACUGGACCAACUCCUGUUUUCAGCACUCUUUCCAACAGGUGCCUUCUACGUCAUCAUUAAGUUGCUCGGGGAGCACCUACAUAUCAUUAAAUAAAUAAAAAAAACACACACACAUUUUCAGUGAAACAGCAGCCAAUUCAUGGCUCAAACUGGAAGAUGACCACCAGUGUUGUCAUUGUGUUCCAAGAACAUUUUUUUCUUCUGUGUCAAACACAACAGUUUGCGAAAACAAAACAUUAAUGCUUUUCACAGCUUCAAGAGUUUGCCACAUGACAUCAUAAAUGACCAAAGGAUAUUACAAAGCACAGGUACUCUACAACAUGCGAAAAAAAAAAUGCUUAGCAUAGUGAGAAAUGGCUUAGAAGAAAUGUUUGAAGGUCUUUAUUUCAUGGAAUGAUUAUGUUUCCACUGUAAUCCUUAUUCUAUUGCUGGAAGAACAAAAUGAUCCAAGGGAUCAAGUAUCAUCGUAGGUUUUCUUGAAAUUAGAGCAGCUAGCAGAGAUAACACAUUGUAGGGAAUUUUGGUACAUUUGAUCCUAAAAAUUUAAUUUUUUGUUUGUAUUCAUGUGUGACGUGAUCAUCUGUCAGUGGGCUAUGUAUUUUUAAACAUUCAGUUUAUGUAAUUUCUUUAAAUAUUGUUAGUUGUAGAUGGUUGAGAUAUCAGUUGCCCACAAUCUCUUAUUUUUGUUAUUACCUGGUAUUAUUUGGAUGUUUCAAACUUUAGUCAUAUAAAAAUGUGACACUGAUACAGUAAAUUAGUCAAAAAGCUCAGUCAAGUUUCAUUAUAGGCUUUUCAUUUCAAAUUAGUAAAAUAAAAUGUUUUCUAUUAUUGAACCACAAUGGAAAAUUCAGUGAUUUUCUUUCCAAAAUUUAAACUUCUUAAAGGUUUUUUUAAAUGUAUUUUUUUGUUAGUUUAUUCUUUUUUUGUUGCAAAUGUGCAAUACAUUGAACUGCUUUGGUUUAACUGCAUAACACAAAACAGUAUUAAUGUAAUCCUAUCUUGAUUUGGCUUGAAUUUUGAUUUAAAUGCAAAUUCAUACCAAAUCUGUUAUAGCUGCAUUCAGAUUUACUUUUCAGAAUUAUUGCAGCAGACUGAAAGACUUGUGAUGCAAUUUUUUCACAAGGUGGUUUAACCACCUUUGAAAUCAGUGGCACUAUAUCAAAUGAAGUAAAUUCUGUAAUUUUGGAACAUUAACAUGAGUGAUAUGGACCCUUACUAACUAUUCUUAUAUUGUAACAAUAAUUAUAAAUGUUUCCGUGAAGACACUGACCUAAAUGAAACUAGGUACAAUAUAAUGUUUUGACUAUUUGUAAAUAAAAGAAAUGUGUUAGCUUAAAAAUCAUUGUUACAACAGAAACAGCAUUUACAUCAUUUUAUUUGCACUGGCAAAAGAAAUGUUCCAUUUUUUGGCUUUGUAAACCAAUGCCAUAAAAUUUAUAUAUAACAAAGAAUGUGCUCAGCAAAUGUCAUGAUGGAACAUGUUCUAUUAGUAUGUAUGUGUUUGAUGUUUGUUAUUUGGAUAAUGACCUGAU